AAACCAUCUCUGGUUAUUUUAAGGAAGAUGUGGUUAAAUGGGUGGGUUACCGGGCGGGUGGGGACACACAGAGUAGUAUGAAGAAAGACCUGGGGCAAUGGUUGGUCUACAGUUUGGUGACAGCUGGGAUCAACACAGCACUGCAGGUACACACUGUCUCUUACUUAAACUCAACAGCUUUAAUGUAAAAGAAGUCUUACUGUGAAGUUUUCAUAACAAAUGUCAUGUACUGUGCUAUUACAUUCAAAACUGAGCCUUUUAAGUUGAUUCUAACAAUCUAUGACUUAUUUUAUAAUGUUACACUAGAAGAAAGAGUCAAUACACAGAGAGUUUAUGCUGUUAAUGCCUGGAUUACUAACUGUCCAUGAGCAAGCAGCUGUGGGAAUUGUGUAGCAUACUGUGUUUAAAGGGAUGUUUUUGUAUUUCUAAAGUGGGGUUGUAUGAGUAAGUGUUUUAGUCACAGUAGAUGUCAGUCAGCCGGGCUCUCCUUUGAUAUGAAAGUGCCAGGAGCACCUGCAUGCAAGUUAGGCUACAGUUUUCUGCAGAUGGGGUGACUCUGCCAAAUAGUUUAGCUAAUUCAGAGAGACUCUGAUCUAAAGACUCAUCUCAGCUGAACUCUGACUCUGGAGAUGCUCGAAAAUUCAGCUUUUCUGAUUGUACUCCUGAAUGUUGAAGAAAAUGGGUGAAAAACAGUGUUCGGUCUUCAGUACAGCAGUAGGCAGUCCUCGAAAUGGCCUGCUGAUGCAUCCACCGAUAACACUGCAGUCAACAAGUGUCAGCCAUUUUCUCCCCAACAAAAGCAGCUUUAUGACUUAAUUGGCUUUAUGACUUUAUUCUCAAAAAUGUAUGACUUUAUUCUUCGAAGGUAACAACUUUAUUCUUAUAAAUUAAUAACUUUAUUCUUGUUAAUUUAUGACUUUACUCUUGUAAGUUUACGGCUUUAAUCUCAUAAGUUUACAACUUAAUUUUCAUAAAUUUAUGACUUUAUUCUGGUAAAUUUUUGACUUUAUUCUCAAAAAUUUAUGAAUUUAUUCUCAAAAAUGUAUGACUUUAUUGUAUUUAAUUUAUGACUUUAUUCUUGUAAGUUAAUGAUUUUAUUCUCAUAAAUUUUUGACUUUCUUCUUGUAAGUUUACAACCUAAUUCUCAUAAAUAUAUAUCAUUUUCUCAUGAAUUUAUGACUUUAACCUCUUAGUCUUUAAAACAUUUUUUUUCUCAAUGUGGUUUUAAUCCUGUGUCAUAGUAUAGCAUUUAUCCUCUUUUAAUUUACACCUAAAAGUUAGUGUUUUUAAUCGUGUUAAACCCUUAUAAAAUACCAUGUGAUUGACAGGUGUGGCAGUGAGUUAUCUCUGUUGUAAGAGGACAUUGUUUGUGAAACAUGCAUAGUUGAAGUAGACAUCCCCUGUUCCUCUUUUUUUGACUGCAUGUUUCCUGACCUGCCUAACACCCUUAUUCUCUGUGUUGCCUUCUGCUUUUCUUCUCACUUUUCUUUUUUCUGUUCAACAGACCUGACAAGGACUGAGGAAUCAUCCAUCAGGCCAAAUGAGUAAAAUUUCCACCGUGAGCCCAGCACUUGCAAAUCCUACCAAUGCUAACAAUGAUAAAUGUGUCAUGAUGAGAGACAAGGAGUCUCAUGUUUAUUCAGAAAUCUGCAUAGCAAAUAAAAUCAGUCCUGGAAACAUUAUAACACAGAGACAGGAGCAUACAGAGAGUGUUUCCUUGCCUUCUGAUGUCCUCCCACCUCUUCCUCAGCAGAGGUGGUCUGCAGACCUUGGCAAGAGUGAUAAAACCCGCAGGAUCUCAAUUGUGGAGAAGAAGAAAGAACCACACUCUCAGCAUGGGAGGUCUCUGCCUCCACCUCAUUCAGCAGUCCACUCUUCCUUGAAACGAUACUCCUGCCCCACCAUCAAGGUCUUCAGCUUCCCAACCCGUACAUCUUCCUCCUCCCCCUCCACCCAAUCCUGCCCCCCUACUCCUGUCCAGACCUCUGUCAUCACUGGCCAUGACCCUCUGGGCUGGAAGCUACAACCAAAGUCCAGCUCCACCUCUUGUAGGGCUCGCAGCAAGAGGCUUUCUCUACAAAUUCCCCUUCCUGUCAUAUUUCCUGAGCCAAAAUCUAGUCCUGCACUGAAUUUUCAUCCAGACAAAACUCAAAGUCCAGAUUCCUUGGUUAAAGCUAAGCCCCCUCUCAGGCCCAAACCAAGGCGUUACCACUCUGAGUCCUCACCCCUCCUCUCUUCACUGAGCCCUGGACCUGUGGUGACACUCAAAGAUCUCCUGGCGGUGCAUCAGAACCCGGUCUCAAUUUCUGAUGGAUCUGAUGCUGUUUUUAGCGAUGAGGAAGAGGAAAUGACGGUGACUGGUCAACAGUGCAAACUACCACCACCUGUCCCAGAGAAAACGGACAUGACAAGAGAAAUUGCACGUCAGAUUGCUCGUUCCCGAUGUUGCUGGCUGAAAUCCAGAAGCUCCAUGGUUUAGACAGACUGGACCAAUGCAGCCAGAAUGAAACAGGAAAGCUAUCAUCAAAAUAAAAGAAUAUCACUCUGUAAGGAGAUCAGUGCAGCUAUUAUUCAGCCUAAGUCUAUUACCUGUGAAGACAAAAGAUGUACAGGGAUGUUGGUUUAGUUCAGGGGUUAAAGUGCAUACAGCUGAGGCUGCAGUGAAAGUGCCCUCUGGGAUGCUUCUUUUGUGAAUAAAAUGCUUAAAAAUUC